AUGAAUUCGCACGCGCGGCUCCUGAAGCUGGGCUUGGACGGGGAUCCCGUCGUCGCCACGAAGCUCCUCGCGGCGUACGCUAGCCUCCGCGCCCCUCCCUCGCUAUCCUACGCCGACCACCUCUUCUCCCGCGUGCCCCCGCGCUCCCGCGACCCCAUCCUCCUCACUGCGCUCCUCUUCUCCGCCGCCGCCGCCGCCGCCGCCUCCUCCGGCGACCUCGCCGCCGCCCCCUCCAUCCACGCCCAGGCCCUCCGCCGCGGCCUCCUCACCAACGUCGUCGUCGCCACCUCCCUCCUCCACAUGUACUCCAAAUGUGGCGCCCUCGUCCCCUCCCGCAAGGUGUUCGACGAAAUGCCCCUCAGAAACACCGUCACUUACAACGCCAUGCUCGCCGCAUACUCGAACGCGGGGUCGUUCGCCCCCGCGCUCGAUCUCUUCUACCGUAUGAGGUGUCACCUUGUUGUCGGAGUUGACGAGUUCUCGAUCUCGAGCGCUUUGGCAGCAUGCGCCGGGCUCGGCGAUUUGAGAUCGGGCGCGCAAAUUCACGGAUUCUUUGUAGUUGUCGGGUUUGAUUCGGACAACGCAAUUGCGAAUGCCACCGCCAACUUGUAUUUCAGGUGCGGAGGCGUGAGCUCGGCGGAGAGAGCGAUGGAGGGGAAGGCCGAAUGUAGGAGUGUGGGCUCUGCUCUUAUGAUGAUUAAAGGUUACAUCUUUAAUGAGAGGUAUAUUGAUGCCUUAAAUUGUUUACGUCGUCAUGUUUGCAGUCUCGUGGAGCUCGCGUUGAUGGAUACAAGUGUAGUUGUUUUGAUCUUAUCAGCUUGUGCUCGUCUCGGGUCGCUGGGGCUUGGGAAGCGAGUCCACGGUCUCGCUCUCACACUUGGUAUUUAUUGGAAUCGGAAUGGUUCUAAUGGAGAUAGUGCUAUUCUCGGCAGUGCUUUGAUUGACAUGUAUUGCAAGUGCCGGAGCAUAAACAAAGCCUGGUUAAUUUUCAGUAGUUUAGAGCAAAAGCAUGUCUCACAUUGGAACUCGAUGAUCACAGGAUUUAUCUAUAAUGGUUUGGUCGACGAUGCGCGCCGUAUGUUUGACGAGAUGCCCGAGAAAAACGUUAUCUCAUGGACGUCGAUGAUUUCGGGUUAUAUUCAGCAUGGAUUGCCGCAUGAGGGGUUGACAUUAUUAAGAAGAUUGUAUAGUGAAGAUGGGUCGGUUCAAGCUAACAGUGUCACUUUUGCUACUGCUCUCGAUGCCUGUAGUUGUAUGGCCGCGUUAGAUUUUGGUAAACAAAUUCAUACUCAGGCGCUUAGAACGCUACUUGGCGGCCAAUCCAAUGAGUUGGUUGUGGAAACUGCUCUUGUUGAUAUGUAUUCAAAGUCAGGAAAUUUGAACUACGCAAGGAGAGUAUUUGAUCAGAUGAGAGAUAAGAAUGUGGUUUCUUGGACUUCGAUGAUUACCGGCUAUUCAUCUCAUGGAUUAGGGCUAGAAGCAAUUGAUUUGUUAGAGAAAAUGAUAAAUGCAGGCUACGAACCAAAUGAGGUUACUUUUAUUGCUGUUCUUAGUGCUUGUAGCCAUUGUGGGUUUGUUGAGCAAGGAAUGCAGUAUUUUGACUUGAUGAGGGAGAGAUAUGGUAUUAAUCCAACUAUUGAUCACUACACUUGCAUGGUUGAUAUGUUAGGGCGAGCAGGGAGGCUCGAAGAGGGUUGGAAGUUUGUGGAGAACUAUAACAAAGAGAAAAACUCUCAAGAGGGUGAUUCUAUUUUUGGUGCGUUGCUCGGGGGUUGUAAAUUACAUGAGAAUGUGGAAAUUGGAAGAAAGGUAGCUGUAAAGAUGAUAGAGAAAAAGCAGCAGACUUCUGAUACGUAUGUCGCGGUAUCGAAUCUCUAUGCGGCCGCCGAAAUGUGGGACGAGGUCUAUAAAGUUAGGGAGGAGUGGAGGAAGCAUAGUGGAGUCCAAGGGCCUGGCCAAAGCCAAGUUCAAACUAGUUGAUGUAAUUAGGAAAGAUAUUUUGUGCUAGGAGGACUGGGCUUUACGAACAACUUCUCUUCUUUCAGCUGUAGCUGCUGGAAGAAGGAGGUAUCUUCAGUUUUGGACAAGCCAAUGAGAAAUGUUCUUUAAAUCUGUUUUGAGAAUACACGAUCCCUUGUUCUA